GCAACCUGGAAAAACGUGAAGAAAUAAGUAUGGCAGACAAACCGGAGGAUUUGCCUCUGGACCGGGUGUAGAAGGCUGUUAAGAGCACUGCAUGCUUUCCUGAAGACCAAAUCCACCCCAGACGAGAGUCAACACCUCUCCCUCUUCACACUAUGGCAGAUCCUCAAGCAGACCCAGACCAUCCCCGCGUGAUCCCUUACAAGACACUGAGGACUGAGUACAAGCCCUUUGAAGCCAAACGACGGCUGCUGGGGAACUUUGACAUGUUUCUUUCAGACGACCGCAUUCGCCGCCUGCUGUCCUCGCACAUCGGCAAGCACUUCUACGAGAGAAAGAAGGAGCCUUUGUCAUUGAACCUGCAGAGCAAGAAGCUGGCCUUGGACAUCCAGAGAACCAUCCAGGGGACAACAACCUCCAUUUCUAAGAAAGGCUGCUACUGCAUGGCUUGUGUGGCCCACUCUGGGAUGGCUGCAGAUGAAAUAGCAGAGAAUAUUGAUUCAGCUGUCAGCACCAUCGUGACAAAACUACGGGUUAGAAAGGACCGUUGAUAAAGGUCAUCCACUUGAAAAGCCAAUCAGUGGCUCUGCCCAUCUACACCUCUAACCUGAGUAACCUGACCCUUAUAGAUGAAACACAGAAACAGACCCGCGCAGCCAUGGAUGCCAAGGUGAUCCCUUACAAGACACUGAGGACUGAGUACAAGCCCUUUGAAGCCAAACGACGGCUGCUGGGGAACUUUGACAUGUUUCUUUCAGACGACCGCAUUCGCCGCCUGCUGUCCUCGCACAUCGGCAAGCACUUCUACGA